AUGAAUCGGCGAUCGCCCGACAGGGAGGCACGAACGCCUGAAAAAGAGGCGACGUCGCCCCCUCCUCCGCCACCCCCUCCUGCCCGGAGUUCUCUCAGGAGUAACGAAAGAAGUUCCGAGAGCCACCCGCGUAAGAGGGUCUCGAUCCUCCGCCCGCAGAGGACCUCCUUGGUUGGAGUAUCUGCACCGAAACCCCCUCCACGAAGGCUGGUCUCCUCGCAGGAACGAAGGCGGGAAACGACUCCCUGCAGCGACGCGAGAAGUCCGACGUCUCCUGAGAAGAAAAGAACCUCUUGCAGUGCGCGCUUGCUUGUUGGCCAGACCGACAACCAUCGUCAAUCUCCGAGUGGAGGAGGCUCGAACACCUCAUCCUCAUCAACAGCGACUUCAUCGGCUACCACAGUAGCAGCUGCAGGUGGAAUAGCCGCAACGGCAGCAGCCGCGAGAGCCGGGUCGGAAUCAUCCUGUGCUACCUUUGCGCAAUCAACAGCACAAGCGGCUAGCGAUGCGCUAUCUCCCAAGAAGGUCCGUAUAAACGAGGACAUUACUGAGUGCAGUCCAGAUAACAGAAUUAAUGGACCGGCUGUUUUCAAUCACGAACAGAACGCUCAAGCUGAAGACGGCGUUGAAACAACAGACGCAGCCGUCCUUCUCGCAAAGUCAAACGGCGACAACAGGGAAAAACUGGGCAUGUUGGUCGACGAGGAGCACGGUGUGUUGGACCUCCAACUCCCGACUAUCCAGAACAUUUCCUUGAUCGACGAAGAUGUCAAUGUCAAGGCCAGGGCAACGUCGCCCGAUGGGAGAUUUUUAAAAUUCGAGGAAGAAAUCGGUCGCGGUAGCUUCAAAACAGUCUAUAAAGGCUUGGAUAUAUCAACCGGAGUUUCUGUGGCUUGGUGCGAGCUCCAGGAACGGCUCAAUAAAGCCGAACGACAACGUUUCAAAGAGGAAGCUGAAAUGUUGAAAGGACUUCAACAUCCGAAUAUCGUCAGAUUUUUCGACAGCUGGGAAGACACCACACCGAACAAGCGGAAGAUUCUGGUGCUCAUAACAGAGCUCAUGACAUCGGGCACCCUAAAGACGUAUCUUAGAAGAUUUAAGAAGAUUAAUACCAAAGUACUGAAGAGUUGGUGUCGCCAAAUCCUGAAAGGUCUCAUGUUCCUCCACUCGAGACAACCGCCGAUCAUCCAUCGGGAUCUGAAAUGCGACAACAUUUUCAUAACCGGAACCACCGGAGCAGUGAAGAUUGGAGACCUCGGUCUCGCGACUUUGAAAAACCGAAGUUUCGCAAAAUCAGUCAUCGGAACACCCGAAUUCAUGGCCCCGGAAAUGUACGAGGAACAUUACGACGAAGCCGUCGAUGUUUACGCUUUUGGUAUGUGUAUGCUGGAGAUGGCAACGUCAGAGUACCCGUACGCCGAAUGUUCGGGACCUGCUCAAAUCUACAAGAAAGUCACUAACGGAACCAGGCCUCAGUGCUUCGACAAAGUAGAAUCUCCGGAACUCAAGGAUAUUAUAGGACAAUGUAUUAGGCUGAAUAAGGAAGAAAGACCGACUAUCAAGGAGUUGCUUCAGGUCGAUUUCUUCCAAGACGAUCUUGGCAUAAAGGUGGAAUUUUGCGAUCGGGAGAAGACGCUUGGUUCGACGGACGCUAAACUGGAUAUGAGGCUCCGGAUACUCGAUCCGAAGAAACGCAAAGAUAAACAUAAAGAAAAUGAAGCCAUCCAGUUCGAUUUCGACAUGAAUAUCGACAAUGCGGAUGAAGUUGCCAAAGCCAUGUCCACUCUGACGGGUAUCAUCGGCGAGGAAGACAUUCGCUUAGUGUCGAUGCUGAUAAGGAAUCAAGUUGCUUCCAUGGUUCGGGACCGUCAACAUUUUCAGACAAAACCCUUGACGGCCGCCCCGGUGGCGGUGAUAAACCAAACGCACGUUGCAGACGAAGCUCAUCCGGCAACUUUGACAACGAUACCGAGCCAACAAAAUCAUGUCGCCAAUGGUCAGGGAGGUCAGCCAAUUAUGGCUUCUCAAUCGGCUGCGCCAACAAUCACGAACAUCCAGUUGCAACAUGACGAAAACAAGGUUUUAGAGACGAUGGGUGCUCAAGGUCUCGCGACCCCAACCGUUCAUCAGCUGACGCCGCGAGAUACGACAAACACGAAUUACAACGAGGUUUCCAUGCACUUGGCUCUGGAUCCUAGCUCUGGAAUCGCGAUGUCUUCAGCGACACCGAAUCAGAACCAGAGUUCCAACCUGACCGCUCAAGAACAACAGGACGAGGAGAUUUUCAUGGCGAUGCCGGAACUACCCGGGGGCAUUCCCGUCCCAAUCGGGAACUCAACGCACCAGCAGCAGAGCCAGCAACAAAGUCACAGUCGUCAGCAAAAUGUAUUCCUUUCGUUACAACUGCACGACGACUCGUGCAUCGAUUCGGCGAGCGAGAACUCUGAUCUUCCGGAUCGACCUCGCCGCAAAUCGAAGCGGAAACGCAACGGCGUGGAGGACAGAACGCCGUUCCUCAAAGUGAUUUCUCUCGAAGGCAACAUUGUCGAAGUCCUCUUCGACGCACCAAAUCUCAAGCUGGUGACGUUCAAGUUCGACUUCACGGAAUACGAUUCGUCGAUAGACAUCGCAAACAAUCUCGUCAUUGAGAAGCAUCUUGCCGAAGAGCAUUUGGACGCGUUCGCCCAACAGUUGGAUGACAUCAUUGGUCAACUCAAAGAGAAUCCAACCCAGAUGCCACAAACGAAGUAUCCGGAUUUGGACGAAAGCGACUCCGAGGUCGCUGAAAGCAAUUUGGCUUCGCCCACGAGACGAGAGCGCUCGGCAGCUUUGGAAUCCUCACAGGCAUCACGGCUCGCAUCGCCCGAUCGAUCGAAAGUGGAUUCGAUCAACGACACUCGCGAGCCAUCAGAGAGCCAAGCCAAUCCAUCGGGGUGCACUUUGGAUCGAAGCUCGAUACCCACGUCCGAACUGGCCAGUCUAGCGGCGACUCCUGCCGUGCCCGCGCAGAAUAUCGCGGCGCCGACAGCUCCCCUAGCACAAAUCCUCAGCGAUACAGCUCGAAAUCAUUUGCAACUUAAGCUCGCAGAAUUAAAACUCGCCGAAAACCAGCAGGCGGCGCCAUCUCCCGAUGUUGCCGCGCAGGAACACCUCGUCGUCGAGCACGUGAUCCAGGACACGCCGCCAAACGGACUGGAGGGACGUGCGGCUGGCCAACAACAGCUGCCUCAACAAGCCGAAAAAGUGCAUCCUGUCACUCCGGCGGUGCCAGCGAUAGAAAGCAACAAGACCAAAGAGAAAACAACCGGAAUCGAACUCCAACAGGGUCUCCAGGCCAUUUUCCAUCCUCAGACUCAGCCGAGCAGCCCACCCAACGAAACAAUCGUAACAACGAGUUCUGUUUGCAUUACGCCAUCGAUAGUCGAUGGACCUGUAACUCCGGCCGAUAAUGGUCUUCGUCAGGCAUCCGAAGAGACCCUCGUGGCCGCCCCGGCCGCCACGAUCGCCUCUGUGGAGACGCCCGCGACAGUGCCUGAAGUUGCCGCCACGAGCCCCGCAGCCGAUCCGAAUGUCGAUCCGCAGCCUAAGAAAUUGUCUCGAUUCCAAGUUACGAAGGUCGCCGAAGAUCUGGCUCCCGCUCCGGAGAACGAGCCGGCUUUGUCGACCGUUUCGCUGCUCUCGGAACCGAUAACGGGUGCUCCAGGUCUAUCCGUACAACAACAGCAGCAGCAGCAGCAGCAACAACAACAACAAUGCACAAUAAGCGAAAAAGUCAAUCGUUUCGUGGUGUCUCGCGUCGAGGACAAUCAGAUGAUCGAUUCGGCGCUCGACAAAACUUCGGUGUACACGACCGAAAACUCGCUGAAUUGUAAUCAGCACUCGCUCUAUUCUCUGAUCGAUUGUGAGCCCUCCGGCGAACAGAACCCCGCGCUAAGUCCGUCGCAGCGAAUCGCCUACCUUUUUAGUAGACAGCGCAGGGAGCUGGACAAUUUGCAACACAGACACAAACAGGAGUUGGCGGAGCUUUGUGCCGCUUUGAACCCGGAACUGGCCGCGCUUUCCGCAGCCGCGGCCGUGGCUGUUGGCGGUCUCAAGAGGAGCCUGUCAACGCCGAAUCUGACAGUCCGUUCGCAGACUGAUCUUCUAGUCUACGGACACGACGCUCCGAGCCACCGGACCGACCAUCUGCAACUGAACGUUACCAUCCAAGCCGUCGAGGAUUCGCUGCGUCGCAGAAGAAUGGCGCACGAUGAAUGACAAGAGCUCUUCGGCUGCUCAUGUACAUAAAUGUAUCAUUUUACGUCCGACCUCUAUGAGAAAGUACCGCGCAUCCGAGCCUAGUUAGUAUGUAGAUCCGA